UUAGUUUAGUCUUUGAAAUCGCAAAGAAAAGAUGAACUGCUGCAAGCCAACGAAAUCUAAAUCUCACAAAAACGCAUCACUACCAGAACCACCCCCACCCACUCAAGUUCAACAACCUUCAAACCAAGAAACAUUAAUCCCACAAAACAACAGUGUUAACGUAAGGCACGAUGUAAUUCUGAGAAUCCCAGAAUGCAGGGUUCAUCUCAUGGACGAAGGAGAAGCCGUGGAGCUCGGCGCAGGCGACUUUGAGCUCCAACGAAUAACCGAUGGCAACGUGGCAAUCGCCACCGCUGUGAAGGUCGGGGAGGAGCUGCAGUGGCCGCUGACCAUGGACGAGCCGGUGGUGAAGCUGGACGAGAAGCACUACCUCUUCUCGCUGCCCAUGAACGACGGCACGCCACUCAGCUACGGCGUGGCGUUUGCCAGCGGCGGUUUGGAGGAGUUGGAUGCGUUUCUGAGGGAGAAUUGCUCGUUCACGGCGUCGAAGAAGAAGAGAGAUAGUGAUAUCGAUUGGAAGGAGUUUGCGCCGGCAGUGGAUAACUAUAAUAGUUUCUUGGCAAAGGCUAUAGCUGGUGGCACUGGACAAAUUGUUAGGGGCAUCUUCAAGUGCAGCAAUGCCUAUACUAACAAGGUGCAGAAAGGAGGGGAAACAAUCCUGAUUCACGCAGUCGAGGAGAAGAAGAAUAUAGUAGCACCGAACAAAAUUCAGAGCAAUGGAGCAAAGAAAAGCAAAGGCUCCCUGAAUAAGAGCUUGAAACGGGCGAGGAAACUGUCAAAGAUGACACAGAAAUUAAGCAAAAGUGUGCUUAACGUAGUUGAGAGUGGUACUGGUGCAGUAAUGACGCCAAUUGUUCAAUCCCGGCCGGGGAAGGCCUUCUUGAACAUGAUGCCGGGAGAGGUGCUCUUGGCUUCCCUUGAUGCACUUAACAAAAUAAUAGACGCAGCUGAGGCUGCUGAAAAGCAAACAAUGGUAGCAACCUCGGGUGCAGUUAAAACAGCCGUUACUAAUAGGUAUGGGGAGAGCGCUGGAGAGGCGACAGAGCACGCGUUAGCAACUGCAGGGCAUUGUGUGGGCACUGCUUGGAAUGUAUUCAAGAUAAGGAAAGCCAUCAACCCUGCCACCGCUGCAACGUCAAGAGGAGUGCUCAAGAAAGCUGGUAAAUCUAUGAUGGAAUAAAUACAUGUAACAACUAUGAUAACAGUAUGGAGUUGCCAACAUAUUUUAGAAGAAUUAAUCACAUCUGUAAGAUUCAUUGAAGGAUUAUUUAUUGCUGUAUUGGGUUUUAAUUCUAUACCUGAAGUUAAUCCAUCAA